CCCACCCCUACCUCCCACCUAUCUGCCUCCCUCAGCCUCUCCUCUCGCCCCCACCUGUGCCUGCGUCCCGGGCCACCCUCCUGCCCUUCGCCACCUCCCGACCCGCUCGCCCAGGCAGCCGGCCGCCGUUGCUGCGCCGCAACCGCCGCUUGCACAGCACACGACACACAAUGCGCGAUCUGAUGGCCGCCGUCGGGUUGGGAGGGAAUAAUCCCCCCCCCAAUGCCUCCCUCGAUGGAGGCGAAUUUGGCAAGUCCCCCCAAUCGAACGCCUUCCUGGCCAAUGUGCAAACCAUUCGCCAGCUGAUCGACCUGAUGAACAAGGAGGUCCACGCCUUCCAGAAAGAGCAAGACAAUGUCUUUCAGGCUACCCGCCAUCGGGAUGAAGAGAACCUUCGCAAGGCCCUCGACAAGAAGCUGGCUGCCAUUCAUGAUACCUCCAGCCAGCUGCGUCUGGCCUUGGAAAAGCUGAAGGCCCAGCAGAAGGCCUGGGCCAUGGAAGAGCUCACCAAGCCCGCGGCCUCGCAAAACAACAGCGAAUCCCGGCUCCGCACGACGCAGAUCGCCUCCCUCGAGACGCAGACCCUCGAGGCCAUCGAGGGGCUGCAGCGUGCUCAAGUCGAGUAUGAGGAGCGCGCCAAGCGGCGAGUAUUGGACCAGCUGCUUCUCGUCAAUCCCCAGGCAGAUCCGUCGAUGGUCGAGGGGUUCUUCGAGAACCCGGUGGCCAUCUUCGAGGGGAAUCAAGAACUCAUGGCCAUGCACUCGCAGCAGCGCCAGGAGGCGACCGAGCUGCUGGUGAGUAUCCAGCAGCGCCAUGCAUCGCUCCUGCGUCUGGAGAAAUCCCUGCAUGAGCUGCACCAGCUGUUUGUCGACCUGCAAACGCUGGUCCUGGAGCAAGGCGAGAUCCUCAACAAUAUCGAGUACAAUGUCGAGGCCGCCGUGGCCGAGACCGAGCGUGGUGUUGGUGAGCUGCGCAAGAGUGUCAAGCUCCAGCGCAAGGCCCGCAAGAAGAUGAUGAUCAUCAUCAUCUGCCUGAUCAUCGUGCUGGUUGUGGUAGCCGUUCCCCUGCUGGCAGUCUUCAUUCCGAAGAAGAAGUGAGCGCCAUCCCGUGUGCGGCCGUGUCUCCCCCCCCCCCCCGGGAGAGCGGAGCAUAUCUCCCCCGUGGAUGGAAAAAAAAAAGCGGGAGACACGCAUCCGGCCAUGUCCUUGAGAAAUAUACACAUACCAUGAACCUGCGCAA